CCCAGCGCGGAAGUGCCGGCACCGCCCCGAGAGGCUGCGGGUGCUCUCUCCGCUGCUGCCGCGGAAGUUUUCGGGACCAUGGUGCAGCUUUACAACUUGCACCCGUUCGGGUCGCAGCGAGUAGUGCCCUGCAAGCAGGAACCGGCGCACUUCUGCUGCGGCCAGGACGUGCUGUUCGUGGCCAGCGCGGCGGCGUGCUGCAGGGUGGAGGUGUUCGCCGUGCGCCAACAGGGCCGCUGCGAGGCCCUGGGCUCCUUCGCUACGCUGGGUGCCGUGCUGCGGAUGGCGUACAGCKCGGCAGGAGACUAUCUGGUGACAAUUGAAGAAAAAAGCAAAGCAACUUUCCUAAGAGCAUAUACGAACUGGAGGUGCAUGUCUGCAGGGAGUUCUCGCGUGUGUGUUCGGAUGGUUGGUCACAAGAUGGAAGAGUCAUACAGUGAAACCUUGAAAGAACAGAUGUCAGUUGUUGAAAUGCCACUUUCAGAUCCUCCACUGUGCAUUUCGUGUUGUCCUCUGAAUGGAGAUCUUCUUGUGGGCUGCAAGAAUAAACUAGUCAUGUUUUGUUUGAAACACCUGGUCGUAAACCAGAAUUUGACUGUGUUAGAUUUUGAACGGACCUUAAUUUUGCACAUUGAUAACAUCAUUCCUGCUGAAGUUGCAUUCUGUGCCAGACAUAUAGCCAUAACAACAGAGCUGGAUGUUCUAAUCCUGAAACUGGAACUGGUCCAGCGAGGUGUGGACAGGACAGAGCAGUGUACUCAGGGAGUCAGUGCACCACAAAAGGCUGCAGAUGGAGGUGUGAAAGAUGAAGGUCCUUCAACACAUACUUUACAGCUUGAAUUAGAUGAGUUCAUCGUAUGUCAGAAGCCAGUGGAACUGCUUGGGGAAGAAAGUAAGCUCUGUGAGAUACCCAUMACACUGGAAUCCACAGAGCUACCUACGGAGGACACAGAGCGCUUCCAAGUGCAAUAUCUGCUUUUCAGAUGUUUUACACCCGACCAGUCGCCUUUUGGAUUUUGUGAAGAGACAAAGUUGCACUCUAUUCAACUGCUUCCUGUAUACCAGACAGGGAGUACCACAACAGCCUGUGAGGAGACUGAGAACAAGAGAAAACUGCUGAGUCUCUUCUGCUUYUUCUCUUUACCUGAUGUUGGAUAUCUCUACUCUGUUGGGAAGUUAGUAGAACUAAUUUCUACUUACCAAUAUUCCGAGAAGUCAGAGCAGGCUGUCCUCACUCCGCAGUUCCUGCAUGUCAUUACAAGUCAGAACCUGCAGUGCUUCACAGUGCGAUGCAGUGCAGCAGCAGCUCGUGAUGAGGACCCCUACAUUGACACGACUGUGAAGGCUUGUCCACCUGUCACACUGGAUGUCUGUACAUUAAGAAUGCAGCUUUUUAUAGGACCAAGAGCUAUCUGUCAUUUCARAAACCAUAUAAUUCUUUUGACUAAGGCAGACACAGAAGAUAUUACUGAAAGAAGAAAGCCUACAAGAAGGAUGCUUUCCAGAAAGGCUGACAGCAUCAAAUCCAGAGGAAGUUCUGAGUCGGAGCCUGGUUGGAAUUUAUAUAUCAUAAACACUGUUUCAACAAUUCAGCUUUACAGGGAAAUGGUAGAUUAUAGUCGGACUUACGAAAGCGUUAAAACCGAGAGCUGCAUCCAUCUUCUGAGUGAGGCUCACUUACUGCUCAGAGCAGCUAUAAUGGACCCUCAUUUCCUUGGCUCAGAUGAGAAAGAAGAUCUUCUGAGAGCAUUCAGAGAAAGUUGUGCCUUCUUAGGAGACUGCUACAGCAGGUUUGACACGAAGGAUUACCACCUUGCUUUGCCAUACUACAGAAUGUCAGGUUUAUCCAUGGCUGAAGUUUUAAAGAGACUGGUUUCAGAAGGUGAUGAAAUACAGACAUGSGAGAGAGGAUUUAUAUUUUACUUAACUCAUUCUCUUAAUGAASACUCAAGUGAAGAAUUAGAUAAGGAAUCAGGAAAUAAAGUUCUCAAGAUAUUCUAUCUCGCGGACCCUGUGCAGCUGCCUCAUAUUCUUUGCAGUCCCUGCAUGAGAAACGUAUGUCCUUUCACAGCUGUGAAUUAUCUUCAGAAAGUUGAAAAGAUGAUGCCUUCAGCAGUCCUGACACUCACUAAGGCUUUCUUGGCCCUGAAAAUGGGAGACCUGCUAAUGUACAAACGUGAGAUGGACUCCUGUACGGAGACAGCACUGACCUGUGGCUUCGUUGGGCAGCCACGACUCCUGUGGCAGCGUCAGACAGGAAUUGUUACCCCAACGGAGUUUGCUGUUCACCUGAAGGAGACACAGCCUGCUUUACUGGUGGCUGCUGCUGUGGCUUUACAUGAGAACGGWAAAAUGGAACUGGAAGAAGCGGAUACCUUUUUCAAGGUGUUGUGUAGUAGCAGUGGAAACACUACACCACAGCUCUUGGUGGAUUUCUGGGAGGCUCUUCUUGUAGUGUCCUCUCAGGAGGAAAUACUUCAGGAGCUCCUGUUGAGGGUUACUUCUCAGUAUGUUUGGAGAAUAUCAGAGAAGCAACUUCCUGACACGAAGCCAUUGAAAACAACAGAGGAUCUGAUAAACUCCUGUAGUCAUUUUGGGUUGAUUUUCCCAUGGGUAACUUCCAUAAYGUCAGUGGGAUGUUCAYCUCAUCAAGAUUUCUGUGAAGACAUCUCAAGACUACAGUCUCUGCUGUGUAGUCAGUCAGUCAAUGUAGCUGCAGCUCAGCCUGUUUUGGAGCCCCUGGCAGGGGCUGGCAGUGUYGGCCUCAGCGUCCGUGUCCUGUGCAGUUCCCGUCGGGGCAGGCACGAGGAAGCCCUCGAGCAGCUCCUCCAGCGGUGUCCCGAGGCUGCCAUGUCCUACGCUCAGCAGGAGCUGAAGGGUGACAGUCAGGCUCUGUGGUGGACCAAGAUGCUUCCUGAACUUUGCAACAGAACGAGACUUAGUGGAAACGACUGCCCUGUUCUUAUUUCAKCACUCAAAGAAACUUUAUCAGUUGUUGCAAUGGAACUGGAACUAAGGGAUUUCCUCAGUCUUCUACCAGAGGAUGGAACUGCAGCAUUUUUCCUGCCACAUCUUCUUCACUGCAGCCAGAGGAAGCUCCUGACCUAAAGCAAUGAAAGUGUGCUAUCCACUCAACUACAAAGAAUGUUCUGUAACAAAAAAGUCAAUUAAACAAACAGCACAACUCUUUAUAAGGUACGAUGGGGUUCCCUUCACAUGCAUCUCGUGUCUGCUACUGAAGGACAGCUGUUGUCUGAGGCAGAGCAUGUUUCGAAGGUAAUUCUGGUGCCAAAGCAGCUGGGAAAUACAGACUCCACAGUACAAAAGGGCAUGCAGAGUUUACUGAAAGUAAAGCAGUAAGUCAGUCACAAAUCUGUGUCAGUUGGAUCCCUGACCGUGGGAGGAAUUCAGGCUCAGGCGUGGGUCUAACUGUGUGAGUGAAAGUGCUUCCAAGUGGAAUUGGGCCCCACUGACUUCAUUUUGCAACACAGACAUUUCCUUGAAUUCYAGCUCUGUCAUCUUAGUUACAUACCCAGACAAGUAUUACACUGAAAAAGCUUUUUAUUUAGCAUUUCACRAGAAAAGGCCAUUAAUCAAAGAGAAACAGAACGGAAGGUACAGACUACUGUUGGCUUGCUGGUCUUUGUUUCCUUUUUUCUCUUGUUAUGCUCAGCCAUAGACAAUAUUGGAAGUAUCAUUAUACCAUAAAUCCAGCUGAAAACUCUUUACUUCUUUUAGGUAAGCAUCUCRGGUGUUUGUGCAUGUGUGUACUGAUGUUUGUGUAUCUUGUGAGCAGAAAGYAUCUUUCUUCUCCUCGAGAGCUGGAAUUCAGUCAUAAUAAACUGUCACAAUGUUUAAAACAUCCUUAGUUUGUGUUUUUUGACAAUUACCAAARAUACAAUGCUCCUGUGAGCCCAUAACCAUCUAAACCAUCUAAAGGCCUMAUUCGCUGCCAUUGACCCUAUGAAAUCUGUUUUCACUGGUAUUGCAAUGUUCCUUAAACCUGCAGAAGUCAGGCAGAAGAGAUCAUCUACAUUUCAGCUAAAAUACAUCAACAAAAAAAAAAUCAAAA